GCUACAGAUGCUCAAAGAGACGGUAGGAUUAUGGUUUGACUGUUGCCUAGCGGCACACGGGGCAAUGAGGGUUCCGAAACACAUUGCUGCAAUGACGGGCGAGGCCUUUCGUCUCAGACCAGCACCAUUCCAUUGGUGUGAAAUCAGCGUAGUGUGACUUCCACAGAACGACCUAGUCCAUCAACAUGUCCACCCAGAAGAAAAAGAUAGCCAUCAUUGGCGCUGGACCAGUGGGCUGCGCCUUUGCAGUGCAUCUUGUGAAGGCUGGACACGACGUCACAAUUGUUGGUCGAGGGCAGCGGCUUGCAACUCUCCAGACCAAUGGAGGUGUGCUCACGAAGAAAUCGGAGAAGGCGACCGAAAUCUCCAAGACUCCUGUGGUCGCCGUCGCAUCCCUCGACACAGCACAACCCUGGGACCUUAUUCUCCUGACCAUCACUGAGCGAACCUUUGACGAGAAGCUGUUGGCGACGCUCAAGGCAUGUCCAAAGUCAAUCGAGAUCCUAUUCAUGUUCAACACCUUUGCAUCACUCGACAAAUAUUUUGACGCUUUGGGAAAGGAACGCUGUAUCAUGGGGUUUCCGGCCAUUAUGGCCUUUCUCUUUGACGGAGUAUUGGUACAUCAAUUUGUGAAUUUUGCCCAGAUCACCAUUGUCUCAUCAGUCGAAUGGCGGUCCAUCUUCUCUUCGGCAGGGAUCAAGUGUGUGCAUGAGCCUGACAUGCAGAGCUGGCUACGUACACAUGCCGCUUUUGUCGUCGGUUUCAUGAGUUCGACCAUUGCGGCCGCCAAAAGGAAAUCGGGAGUGACGUGGGAAGAAGCAAAGCUUAAUGCUGCGGUGGUUAAGGAAGGGAUGGCGCUGGUACAGAAGUUGGGAAACCAUAUCAUCCCCAGAUAUGUAUACUUCCUUGCUGUCGCGGCACCGACUUUUGUGCUCGCCGGCAUAUUUUGGCUUGUGACGAAAGUGCCGAGGAUCCGCGAUAACCCCCAGGCACUGCUGCACUGGCAAUCAGAGGUGCUUGGUUUGGUUGAAAGCAUUAUUGCAGCAGCACCCUCUGAAGACGACGUACGUCUUAUUCGCCAGCUGCAGGCGAAGUAUACAUGAUGAAAGAAUACUGGGCCAAUAGGUCAACUCAACUCCAGUUGCAGCUCUUCCUCUUGGAGUUGCUGAUGCAUUGGUGGAUUACAUUCAAGUUGGCAUGUUUUGAUUUGAUUCUACAAUGUCCAUUACUAGGUUGAUAGUAUUGUUUUUCUCAAUGUCACAGAUUCAAGAUUUG